AUGACAGUAUCCGAGAGUAUAAUACCUACAGAAAUCACCAGCAAAGAACAAGCACAAAAAUUAAUCGAUGAGCAUGAUAACUUCUUGUUCGAUUGUGACGGAGUGAUUUGGUUGGAUGAGAAAUUAAUUCCAGGAGUUCUCCAAACCAUCGAGUACUUAAAUUCUAAAAACAAGAGAUAUGUAUUUGUCACGAACAAUUCUUCUAAAUCGCGUCAAGAUUAUGUAGAGAAAUUUGAAAGAUUAGGAUUUAAGGGUAUUACGAAAGAUAUGAUAUACCCUACAUGUUAUGCGGCGGCCUUUAACUUGAAGGAACAUUUAAAAGUGCCGGAAGGGUCCAAGAUCUGGGUGUUGGGUGACAGUGGUAUUGAAGAUGAAUUACGAGAGGCUAAAUAUAUUCCAGUCGGUGGUACCGAUCCCCGUCUUAAUGAACCUUUUGACCCUCAUCACGAGCUACUUAAAGUUGAUCCUGACGUUAGGGCGGUCGUAGUAGGCUCUACAAAAGAUUUUAAUUAUAUGAGGAUUGCGCUGACUCUCCAAUACUUGCUUCAUGAUAACAAGGGCAUACCAUUUGUAGGUGCAAAUAUUGACAGAUCUUAUCCAUCUGAUGGCUUAAUCUUACCUGCUGGUGGAAGUGUUGUGAACUACAUGCAAUACACGGCUGACAGAGAUUUUAUCAACGUAGGGAAACCUAGUACCACCUUGUUAGAUGUUAUAUUAGAACACAGCAAGUUCGAGAAGGAAAAGACUAUUAUGGUAGGUGAUACGUUAUACACUGAUAUCAAAUUUGGUAUUGAUGGUCAGCUCGCAAAUUCUUUAUUAGUUCUCAGUGGGGGUACAACGAAACGCUAUUUUGAUAGUUUCUUAACCACAUCUUAUAAGGAGGAGGAAACCAGAAGCAUGACUCCACUGUGUUACAUAGAAUCAUUUGGUGAUAUUAUAGAUUUAAUUAAUUAG